UCUCGCUCCCUUCACCCUCAGUCACCUGACACGGACUCAGGCAUCCAGAGUACCGGCGCUCUCUUGUGCAGAAGGCCGCCGUGUUGGUGUAGAGCAACAGAACUCUGUGCAGCUGCGUUCCCACCAGCAGAUUGCGCACGUCGACAUUUCCCGAGUGACCUCAUUCCGGCCGCCAUCAUGUCGCUGCUGACUCACGUCCUGGCGUGCCUCUUCGGCAUGGGCUCCUGGGUGGCCAUCAACGGGAUGUGGGUGGAGCUUCCCCUGAUCGUACCGGAGACCCCAGAGGGCUGGUAUCUGCCGUCGUACCUCACGGUCAUCAUCCAGAUGGCCAACGUAGGUCCCCUGGUCAUCACCCUGAUGCACCGCUUCCGCCCCGGGGUGCUCAGUGAGCGGCUGGUCAUCUACUCCAUUGUGGCUCUGGGCAUCGUUGCCACGUUCCUGCUGGCUUUCUUCUGGAGGCACACGGUGACGAUCGAGGGCUCGUUGCACAGCGCGCCCCUGCUGGCGUUGAGCUUCCUGCUCUCCGUGGUGGACUGCACCUCCUCGGUUACAUUUCUGCCUUUCAUGAUGCAGCUGCGCCCGCAGUACCUCACCACGUACUUCGUCGGCGAGGGCCUCAGCGGUCUGGUGCCCGCACUGGUCGCUCUGAUUCAAGGCGUUGGCGUCGUCCACUGUCGGAACGCCACGUCGGCCGACGCCGCCGCCGGCGAAAUAGCCUUCAACGCUACUAUUGGCAGCGGAGAGCUACAAGCUGUCUACCAGCCAGCUACAUUCUCGGCCCAGGUCUUCUUCGUGUUCCUCAGCGCCAUGAUGGCUGCGUGCCUCGUGGCCUUCGUCCUGCUCAACCAUCACCCGGCUGUGGCUCGAGAGAGGAAGAACGACUUGUACUUCAGUGGCGAUCUGGCCUCUGGGAAGAGAGAGGAAGGUCUGUCCAUGCACGCCCAGACGCCGGAGCAGAAGCCCAUGAUCAGCCCACUGGGAGCCGGUAGGAGCUCCUUCGGGAGGGGGACGUAUAGCAAUCUGGAGGCGCUGUUCAUCUUUGUUGUGCUGGCCUGGGUCAAUGCUCUGACCAACGCAGUGCUGCCCUCAGUCCAGUCCUACUCCUGUCUGCCCUACGGGAACAAGGCCUACCAUCUCGCUGCCACCGUGGCUGCUGUUGCCAACCCGGUGGCCUGCUUCAUCGCCAUGUUUGUGCCCAUUCGGUCUCUCAUCUUGAUGGGUUUCUUGGCCAUGGUCGGGACUGGAUUCGGGGCCUACAUCAUGGCCAUGGCUGCCCUUAGUCCCUGCCCCCUUUUAGUCCACAGUGACUCUGGAACUGCAGUCAUAGUGCUGGCCUGGGUCCUGUUUGUCCUCUGCCUGUCCUACGUGAAGGUCAUCAUCGGGGUGAUUCUGAGGGACGAGGGCCACAGUGCCCUCGUGUGGUGCGGAGCAGUGGUGCAGCUGGGCUCCAUGGUUGGGGCUGUGUCCAUGUUCCCAUUGGUCAGCGUUUAUGGACUUUUCAGGUCAGGUGACGCCUGCAACACCAAGUGUCCAAUGUAGUGAAUAAAUGUGUUUCAGAAGACGCUGCUGUACAAAUCAAUGCGCUUAUGUUAGAUGCACUGAACUCAUUGCAGUCGAGAGCUUUACAGAUUCCUAUUGUUACAGUCCUGAGCUGUUCACGUACGACACUGUUGUUUAACCGAGUGGCUCUUAUCAGGGUCAGGUGGUGUAUGUUCUAUGCAUGAAUCUGUACGUAUCGACUAACAGAGCACAAGGAUGAAAAAGACCUCGAUGUUAUAAACGUCGACCACACAAGACCACGUUGGUGUCGAGCAAAUUACGAUUCCUUCUCAAUUCAGAGGUCAAAGCCAGUUUACUUGAAUUGUUAAUAUGAUGUGAAAGUAUAAUUGAUGGAUGUUGCUUUUGUAAGAACUAAGGUACUUUUGGCUUUAAAAUGUGCCUUCACUGUGAGACCGAUUUGCACCUGCUGUUGGUGUACAUGUAUGUGCCUUCUAACUUGCUUUGUACACGUAACGUGUGUGUGGGGAAACUGUUCAACAAUACCAAAUAAAACAAUGUUUCCUUGUUGCCUAAGAUCUA